UCACAAACCAAAACAUCUAGAGCAUGAGACAACUUUAUCAACUAAUUAAAUAUUCCUUUUAUAGCCCCUUUAACCACAAUAACUAUAAAUCAACACCCCCAAUCAUAGCAUAAAAGGGCAUCUAACAUUCCGAAUAGUAAUCUUCUUUGAACUUCUUCUCAUCUCUCUAAAAUGGGUUCACGGAAGUUGCUUCCAUGGCUAGCUAUGUUGAUGGUGUUUGUAGUUUUGGCUAAGGGAGACUUCGACAAAGAUCAACAAGAGUGUGCAGACACUUUGAUUGGGUUAGCCACAUGCCUACCUUAUGUGAGUGGGGACGCCAAGAAUCCAACCAUGGACUGUUGCUCUGGGCUCAAACAAGUCGUGCAGAAGAACUUGAGGUGUCUAUGCAUCUUGGUCAAGGAUCGUGAUGAUCCCAAGCUCGGAAUCAAGAUCAAUGCCACCUUAGCAUUGGGUUUGCCUGAUUCAUGUCAUACGCCUACUAACAUCACUGAGUGUCCUAAGCUUAUGAAGCUGCCACCCAACUCCCCAGAGGCCAAGAUUUUUGAAGAUUAUGGAAAAAACGCAAAAAAGAAUAACAUCACCAACGUAGCUUCUCCACCAGGGGACACAAGUAACGGCAAAAUUGAAGCAAGUGAUGUUGGCAGGGGAAAGAAAUGGUUGGGAUUUGAGAAGAUUUGUGCGGUUUUAUACAUUAUCAUCAUAUUUCUCUUUCAAAUUGUCUAAAUCUUUCAAUAAAUGUUUAAUAUCUCAUUUUUAUCAUAUGUUAUAUGUAUGUAUGUUUUUUAUUAGAAUGAAUUAUGAAGUCUUUUUUAGCUAUCAAGAGUUGGUGGGUGACCAAUGACCAUAAGUUGAAAACUUAAACAAAUUACAAAUGUAAAAUUACUAAGGUGAAUGUACAGAAGCUUAUUCAAAACAGAAAACGUACUUGAUUGACGAUUAAAACAUGAAUUUUUAAACAGCUAGAUGCAUUUGAUUGUAGAUGCAUCUUGAAUCUAACGAAAAUCACUAUGUUUUCCUCAAGAUCCAAAUAAUGAAUUUGUAGGAAUAUGUGUGGUGUUUCAAUCUUUCCGAAUUUCUCAAACUCUGUUAAAGACAUGCAUUUAUAGGCUUUCUUUUUUAUAGUUAUCAACUGUCAACAACCGAAAACAGCUUAAAAACUUGUCAUAUUCAUUUUUUAGGACAAAAAAUUGAUUUCAUAAUUAAGUGAGUUCAGUCAUGCCCAGUGUCACGGGGCAGACUUGAGUGUAUGACACCAUGCCUUAUCUUUGACCGUUAAAUAUUAUUUAAUUCAUGCCCAAUUCUUAGAUGAAGAACACAAAAUCAUAUGAAGAUCUGGAAAUUGGAGAACACAAAAUCAUAUAUGAUGAACACAUAUGAAGAUCUGAACAACAAAAAGGAUGAACACAAAUAAAGAUCUGGACAAAAGGAAAAUGAAGAACACCAAUGAAGAUCUGGAAAAUGAAUACAAAUACUUGCCGAGAUCUUAAAUCGAUAGACAUGUAUUUAGUUUUGGAAAACAAAUAACACACAUGAAGAUGAUGAAAAACACGAGAUGUAAUAGAACAUAUCUUCGUGAAAGAUCGGUAGAUCGCUAUGCAAAAAAUUAGGGCCUUCGUCUUCUCAGAUCUUGUGAAAAAAUGGAUGUUCAUAGAGUUCAGAUGGUAGAAAAAAAAACAUUUGAUGAUAAAUUAAAAAAUUAAAAAAAUAAUAAGAAGAAGAAAGUCAAGAAAAUAUAAAUAAAUACAAAACUAGUUGUAAUAUGG